AACGUAGCUAAGUUACGUUACGGUCUCGCAGCGGCCGGUGUGAAUUGUAACUCGGGGACGGUUAAUGUGCAACUGUUCAGUCCAACGUGUUCGCCUUUCUGUGGACGCUGGCUGGUUCUCACUCCACUGGUACCACGUUGUGCUGCUGUCAGAAGUUUAGACCCGAUUAUUUAAUAGUUACAGUUUUAUAUUGGUUGUAAACUGUCCAGGAGUCGUGUUAAUCACAAUACAACGCAGAUACCGCCAGCAGACUGCAGUGUAAAGGCUUUAUUCUGUGGUGUCUCUGUAUGCUGCUGUUGAGGCGCUGCAGUUUGGUUUUGUUUGUUGUGUAUAUAUUUAAGUUUUCUUAUGUUUCACGGGUUCAGAAAUGGCAAAAGUUCAACCCCCGCAGGCGAAGGUGGGUAAAAGCACCGUGAAGAGGAUCAACGCCGCACCGUCCUCCCAGAAGCCCAAAAAGACCUACUGUAUUUUGUGUCGCAAGUUAUAUUUGACACAUGAAGCACAGGAGCAUAUGCAUGGUAUGCUGCAUCACAGAGAGCUGGAGACAGUGCUGGGCAAGAAUUCCUUUCAUGAAUGCCAGGCGUGUAAGGAGUCCUCCAUGGGUUUAAAGGAGUAUGCUGAGCACAUCUCCACUGCUCAACACAAAGCCAAGUUGAAGAGCUUGAUGUCUAAAAAUGUGAAGCCCCUCCCUCUGUUGAAGACUCUGGGCCAGGAGACCAUGAGCCAGAUCCUGGAGAGAAACAAGACACUGAAGAAAAAGGAGAAGAAAGCAACGAAAAAGAAAAGAAAGCAGCUAAAGCAGCUAGCUGGUCAGAAGCGUGCAGAAAUGCUACAGGGAGCCUCCAGAAAGAACACGGUGGUGUCCAAAGUUGUGAAGCUGGAAAAGUCCAAACAGGUGAACAUGAAGAGACUGAAACAGGUGCAGAAAAUCCACCAGGAAGGAAACAACAACGCUGUUGUUCAAAACAAAGAGAAUAAAGUGUCAAGUCAGCAAAGACCUCCCCACCAAAGAGAAACAGCUCUGCAGAAUCAAAGUGGAAGAUCAGCUGCCGGCUGGACCUGGCAGCACCCUCAUGUUCAGGACCGGUUCACCCAAUCAACUCCGCAGCUGAGGUAUGAUGACAUCAAAAACGAGAGUUCCCAAGCAGACAGGCUAAUAGGAAGACCACACAACAGCCAACAAUGUGCCACUAACAUGCCAGACAAACAAAUAUCAUGGCCCGCCAUCAGUCAGCAUGAGCGUUACAACAAGCAGUACGAUAAUGUAACAGACUUCACCAGCGAUCGCCUCCCUGAGGACGGAGCCAUCAUCUUCGAUCACGGCCAGAAUGAGAGUUCGGGACAAGAAGGCUCACAUUGUUCGACUCAAGGUUCAGCAAACAGAUCCGCCAACGCAGCUCCCAUACGGGACGUCGAUGUCAGCGCGAUGCUGCGGCAAAUCAGAAGAGCGCUGGGUGUGAGGGAGCCGUGCAGAGCGGACCGCGAGGCCCGAAAGCAGAGCAGUGAGGCAGGGGUGCGGCCGUCUGAUCAAGCUGGAACCGUGAAAGAGCAGUUCAGAAACUACACCAAUGAGGCUGCACUUCACAUCACCUCUGCUGCGACUUCAUCUGUGCAGUCAACACCGAUUAGCUCUCCUGCUCCUGCAUCCUAUUCUGGUGUUGGUCUCUCCAGUAUCGCCCCGACUGAGCCAAAACAGACACAAGGAACGACUCAGUAUUGUGAGAGGAGCCCGGUGGUUGCAAGUGACUCAAAUGGACUAUCAUGGAGCAGCAUGGAGAGAGAGUCUCAGGGGACCCUCGACAGGACGGCAUCGUCUGAGCCCAACCCGAACAUCGCCCGCAGGGUUCGAAUUGCCCACAAAUCAAGCAAAGUUCAGGGGGAGAAAGACAGUGGGUUUAAAUCAUCUGUGAAUAAGCUGUUCAACUUAUCAGGGGCCAAAAGUAAGUUGAGCUGGAAGGAGAUGAACCAGGAGAUGAGGAGGAAGAAGCAGGAGCGGAUCAAAGGCAUGCCCAGGUUUGGAAUAGAGUUUGUGAACCAAGAAAGCUCAACACAAGCAGAGGACUUGCCGCUGUCAGAAGGCUUCCACUGGGAGUCGCUCCCAGACAGUCCUGCAGGCGGAAACUGGACUGGACUACCUCCUCCACCCCAGCACACAGCAGACCAUGGCUCUCACACAGGAACACAGUCAGACUCUCAGAUGCAGCAGCCUUUACAGCAGCCUGGUGCAGCACAGGAAGGUUGCAGCGGUCAGACGGUCAAAGUGGUCUCUGUGAAGGUGGAACCAAACGUGGAGGAGGAGAACGAAGAUUUGAGAGGCCACAGUAGUGCCAACAAGAGGACACACAGAGUGGUGACGAAUGAUGGCAUUUCCGAUCCAGAGCCGAGGGGUAAAAAGAAGAAAACAAAGUCGAACAAGGAUCAGGACCAAAUGGACCAGCUGUUGGCUGUGUCUCUGAGGGAGGAGGAGCUGAGCCACUCGUUACAAGCUUUGGACAAGUCUCUGGUCCAGGCCCGCAACACCCUGCAAGCUGCCUACACAGAAGUCCAAAGACUCCUUCUAUUGAGACAGCAGUGUACUGCUGAAGUCAACAGUCUGAGAGCCCAGCGCAUUGAGAUCCUGCAGGGGAUGCAAGGAGGAUACUCAGGAGCAUCUAAUACGGGGGCUGCUGCUGCUGUGCCCCCAAGACUCUCUCCCCUUCCUUCCUCUAGUGCCUUCCCCAUCGCCUCCAGCACACCUCCCAUAAACCCAGCAUCUUUCAUCAGCCAACCUCAUCCAACCCCACUUGUCCUGACAACCAUGCCAGUAAAGCGAGAAAUUUGUCAACCAGCUACAGUCUCCUGUAACCCUGAUACACCGCCGGUACCUGUGAACCAACCUGUGUGCCUGUUUCCCUCUGAUUUGCUCCCUUCGCUGCUGGUUACAUCACCAGGCUUAGCAGCGCCGUCAACUGCUGUUACCUCUCUCAAAACAGAGUGCUCUACGUCAGGAAACAUUUCUCCUGAAUCCUCUGCCAGGCAGCAGGAGCAAGUCACGAGGGAGGGGUUAAAGGACUGUUUAAAGACAGUGAGGUUAGCGAGAGAGGAAGCACAGUCUGUCGACAGUGAUUCUGAGGAGGAGACGGGAGGAGCUCUCGAGACUCCGGCAGGGCAGCCCGUCGCCUCUUUUGUCCCUGAAAGAGAUCACAGUGCUUCUGCUGCUGCAUCACUGGACGACGAUGGUGGGAACGAGAGCGACGACUCCGUUGAAAUGAUGGAACCCUCCAACCUGGUGGUCAUUGAUAUCGAUGAAUCAGACAAUGAGGGGACCAUCUCAAAUGUCCACGUCCACAAAGAGCCCUCUCAGAAGUCUGUCAGUGUGGACUUCAGCUCUGCAACCACACAGACGUUUCAGCAAAAUGCGGAUGAGAGAAAAGUUCAGCCUACAGUGAAAGAUACCUGUCCUCCUCCAGAGGGUGUCGAGGAUGACGAGCCAUCUGUGGGAGCGUUUUUAAAUCACACAGGUCCCGUCCACGGCCUCCAAAUUCAUGAGGGCCUAUUGUACACGUGUUCAGGGGACAACACAGCACGGGUCUACAGUCUGAUGACCAGGGAGUGCCUAGCAGUGUUCAGUGGUCACACAAACAAAAUCAACUGUCUGCUGGUGUCGUCCCUCCCAAAUAUGCUGGCACGCCUCUACACCGGGUCCAGUGACCAGACUAUCCGCUGUUACAGCAUAAAGUCUAAGAAGUGUCUGGAGCAGAUCUCUCUGUCAGACAGGGUGCUGUGUUUGCACAUUGGCUGGAAUAUUCUGUUUGCUGGACUCGCCAAUGGCUCUGUGGCCAGCUAUGACUUAAAGACCCUGAAGCAGUUAGAUGUGUUCGAGUGCCAUGGCCCUCGGGGUGUCAGCUGCCUGGGUACAGCACAGGAGGGCGCCCGCCGGGUGCUGCUGGUCGGCUCCUACGACAGCACCAUCAGUGUACGAGACGCCAAGAGCGGCCUGCUGCUGCGCUCGCUGGAGGGUCACACCAAAACUGUUCUCUGUAUGAAGGUGGUAAACGACCUGGUAUUCAGUGGCUCCAGUGACACAUCUGUUCACGCCCACAACAUCCAUACGGGUGAGUUGGUUCGUAUCUACAAGGGUCACGGUCAUGCCGUCACAUCAAUAGUCAUCUUGGGCAAAGUGAUGGUAACGGCCUGUCUGGAUAAACUGGUCCGAGUUUAUGAGCUACAGUCCCAUGACCGCCUGCAGGUGUACGGGGGUCACAGUGACAUGGUGAUGUGCAUGGCCAUACAUAAGAGUGUGAUCUAUACAGGCUGUUACGAUGGCAGCGUUCAAGCUGUAAAGCUCAACUUGAUGAAGAACUACCGCUGCUGGUGGCAGAACUGCUCUCUGAUCUUCGGCAUCGCGGAUCAUCUCGAGCAGCACCUCGUUCGAGAUCACAGCAACCCGAAUCUGGAGAUGGUCAAAUGCCGCUGGAGAGGCUGCAACACUUUCUUUGCCACGCAGCAGUCGGUUAGGCAGGAGCUGCCUGAACACAUGCAGAGCCACGCGGAGAACGACAGUAAAGUGCAGCGGUGAAGUGACGCAGCGAUUGAGGAGUUUCAUCCAUUACAACACAUCAACUGACUUUUCUUUUUUGUUGUUUCGAAGUUCUUUUCAGGAUAUUUGGUUUUAUUUUCCAGUUUUUGAGGUGCCAAUCACAUCUCUUUGGUCUUUGGUGCACACUGUAUGACUGGCCACUUGUUAUUGAUCCCUGAAGCUGUUUCAUAAAAGUAUUGUUGACGUUCAGUCUCACUCAAACACUCAAUCAGUCUUUUUGUUAAAAUACUUUUAACCCUUCAUCAAUUAUUUGCUGUUUAAGUUAUCAGUAAUUAAGCUAUAUUUGACGAGUAAAAUGACUCUUUUAUUCGUCAACACGUUUUUACUUAACGCGGCGAAUAUGUGACGCAGCUUUAAACAACAUGCAAUAUAUUAUACAGUCAGCCUGCCCAAAAAUGUCAUAGUAUAUGUGAAACUAAUUUAUAUAACUUUUUACAACUAUACUGCACUGGCAUAAACACCUCAGAAUAGCUUUUGCGGAGCAGCUUAUACUGUGAACUGCCUUCAAAAUCCUGUUUAGAUAUUGUACCGCCGAUUGGCUCUGAAGCGGAGGUAACAUGUUGUAAUGUUGGCUGAAGGAACAGUAAAGCAGAGACGCCACAGUGUCUGAACCUGAAGAACAUUAAUUUAGUUAUACAUCAACUGUCAACACCCAGUUUGUCCAUCUGCACAGUUAAGAGUUAUUAAAAAAAUAAUACUCCACCAAUUUAACGUUGUACUCCGGUAAUGUUGUCUGACCCGUGUAAAAAAAAUAAAUAAAAAAUUCAUUCAUUCAUUACCCACAAUGCAACUCAACCGCAGACAGUUGGGUCACAGAAGUUAUGCCAGUAGCGGUAAAUUUAGCCUCGAGCUGCAAGCUUCAGGCAAGAGAUGAGCAGCAACUACAGAGGUCUGGUAAGCUCACUUCUUUGUAAUCGACUGAUGUGUAAAAAUGGUGGAGCUCCCCUUUAAAGAUGACGUACAACCCCCCCCCUCAAUAGGCUAAUAUUUAGCAACCUGUACUUUCUGUAUAAAUAAUAACAUUUGUACCUCUUAUCUGCCUGCUUUCAAGCCAGAUGUCCUUUUGUGAUUUGGAUUAUAUUCCAGAUUUUAGGUUUUUCACCAUUCACUGAUACAACAGCGUGGAGACGGAGUAUCUUUAAUUACUUCCUGACUCAGACUGUUGUGUCCUGUCACACUUGAGUAUUUUGAGAGAAAUUAUUGCUUUUGUUGUGACUGAGCAAUCUGGUUAUUAAAAAAAAGAAAAAAGGUUUUUCAUCGUCAUUUUUAACUUGUACAUUGAACAUUUGCCAGAUAAUUAUUCUAGGCAAUGCUCUGGUCCCUUAUAUCACUUUAUACGACACAUUUAAAAAACUCAUCUCUCCUUUUGGGUAAUGGAAGAAAGUGACAGUUGUCAGAUCAACCCGAGAGUAACUUAUAAGACUGCUGCCUUAAUUUUUUGUAUAUUAUACUGUACAUUGUGUAUUGGAUGUUUAAUACCUACUGUAUGUGUACAGCAAUAAAAAGACAAACACACUU